CAUCAGUUUCGAAUUUAUAUUUGAAUGAUGAAGAAAGUGAAUUUGAUCAUUUUUUCCUUCAUUGCUUCUGCCAACGUUGCGAUAGCUUCAUUACCAGAUCAUAAACCAGAUCAUCCAGCACCAGGUCAUCAUCAUCAUGAUAAUGAUAUGAUUUCUGGCCCUACGUGGUGUACAUACAAGGGCGUAACGUACCAGAAUAAUGAACAUGUGUUCUUCGAGCCAUUUGAUGGGUUUGGAUGCAUUCAUCAUCAUUGUGUUAAUGGAGAAGUCCAAAAAUUCAAGGUAGAAGAGUGUCCGCCAGCUUGGCAACAUCCCGGCUGUGAACAAAAAUUUACCGAUGGCGAAUGCUGCCCUGAAUACGUUUGUACUGAAAAGGACGAUAGUGUCGGGGACAACAUUCGAAAUCCUUCAUUUUGCACAUACAAUGACCAAAUUUACUCGGAGGGAGAUUUUAUAUUCAACGGCCCAUUUAAUGGUGUCGGCUGUCCUAAGUACUAUUGCAAAGCUGGGCUUAUUCAAGCCGAAGAAUUUGAGACUUGCCCCAUGCCAGUGUUUCCAAAUUGCGAGCAAAGCUUUACGCAAGGUGUAUGUUGCCCUCAGUACGAUUGUUCUAAUGUAAUUACUUCUGGUGAUGACACGACUGGCGGUGGUGGACCGCCGUUUGGCGGUGGGGGUGUAGCGGGAGCUCCCUCGUGGUGUAAUUAUAAAGGUCAAACAUACUCGCAUAAGGAAUUUGUUUAUCGCGGUCCAUUUGAUGGGAUUGGAUGCACUCAUUAUUUUUGCAUUAGUGGAACAGUUCAAGCUUACCAAAUUGAAGAUUGUAUUCCAGCUUGGCAAUAUCCUUAUUGUGUACAAAACUUUUUGAGAGAUCAGUGUUGUCCUGAAUAUGAUUGUCCUUUCGCUUCGACAGACGUGACUGCUGGUGAUAAUGGAAAUAACCAAGGAAAUAACGAGGAUCGCAAUAUUGAUUUUGUCGCUUUUCCUUCAUGGUGUAAGUACAAUGAUCAAACUUACUGGAAUGGUCAACAUGUGUACCAUGGUCCAUUCAAUGGGAUUGGCUGGUUUCAUUACCACUGUGUUAAUGGAAUGAUUCAAGGUUAUAAGUUUGAGUUUUGUAAAGUUCCUGCUUGGGUAAACCCUUUCUGUGAGCAAGUCUUUGUCGAUGACAUGUGCUGCCCUGAAUAUGAUUGUCCUCCAGGCGUUCCUUUAAGGACAUACAAAUGUUCAGUGCUGCCAUGAUUUAACUCAAGAGUUUGAAAUGGAAAUAAAGUGCAAUUGAGCGCAAUUUAAAACCGCAACUAAGA